UAAAUCAAAAGUCUUCUAACAAUAAGUUUGUUAAAAUAUCCAAAGGAAGUUCAGCAAUAAAGAAAUGUUUUCCUUGAAGUGUGUACUUUUGUUGGCUGCCUGCCUAAUCCUGGCUGUUUCAGCAUCACCCACCACCAUGGGUAUAUACGAUCCAGAACCAUCUGUCAUAGAUAAUGUUUAUAAGCCGGCUUUAGUACGUCACGUCCGUUCUCCAAAGGGAGGACAUAUUGAUGUGGGCGUCAAAAAGGAUCAGACUGGACGUGAGGCCUCUGUUAAUUACAAUCAAAAUCUUUUCACCAGCCAUGAUGGUCGUGGUACAGUUGAUGCUUAUGCUCAAGCUUCUCGUAAUUUUGAUCAUAAUCGUAAUGACUUUAAUGGAGGCAUUCGUGGAUCCUGGAGAUUUUAAGAUAACUUAUUAAUUUGAAGCCUUAAACUAAAAAAAUUAAGUUUUUUAAAUUUUUUGUGGGUAUUUAAUGAAAGUAUUAUUAAAAUGUAACAAAUUGUUUUUUUUUAAUUUUCAAAGAAAAUUUACAUAAAUAUUAAUGAAGUAAUUAAAAAAAUAAAAUUUAAAAAUUUAAAUUUUCUAUAGAAAAUCAAAAAAAAUUAUCGAUAAAUUUUCUAUAGCAAACUGAAAUAAUCGUUAAAUUUUCUAUAGCAAACUGAAAUAA